AACAGUGUAAAAUCGAGAAAUUCAAAAGAGCCUCUCAAUUCGACGAAGGUUUCGUCGCUCCCGAAGCCUGUCGAGUCGAAUUACAAAAGGUAUGAGGGAAAUGGUAUCAGCGCCAGUCGCCAGACUCAUGACGCGACGGGCAACGACAAGUUGUCAACGUCUCCGGUGCCCCAAGACACCGUUCUUGCUCCAGGGCUUCCAGCUUGCCCGACACAGUCUGGAUCAAAUGUACAGAGCCCGACUUUGGCCAAAUCGGGCUUUAGGCAGGCAGACGAGGCCCCUGGGCAAAACGGCUCGUCGUUGGUAGCCUCGGGAAGACGGAUUGCAAGGGACAGUCUGGUCGCGAGACUAGAGCAUCGACUGGCGGUUCUGGGAGAACAAGACAAUCCCAAUAGAGGUAUCGUUAACAAUGAGUGGCAGGAAGAGAAGGAGGAGGAGGAGGCUGACCUGACAACGUUACGUGAAGCGCCCUCUGUACGUACGGAGGCCUCCCUACCACUCGAACAGACGGAACUUCUGGCCGAUGAGAGAAGCAUCACAGGUCAACUGGAACUGGGACGGCAGCCAUCAGUUCCGGGGCUCAGGCGGCAAGCGGUGAUCCGACCAAUCGCGAUAAGGCCCAGAAUCCGGAGUCAACCGGUCCAUCGUAGCCCUGAGGAGACUGCACACUGGCUGAUUCAAGGGCUAGGUGAGCUGAAGAUGAAUGCUGGUUGA